AUGGGCCUAGGAAGCAGUGUGAUAGCCUCGCCCAAGUGUAAUAUAAAGACAAGUUCGGAGUUAAUAGGCUCACAGCAACGGCAACCGCAGCUAGACCAACAACAGUGUACGCUUGAAGCAAAGCAAAGUGAUCUUCAACGCGUCGGAACAAUGACGAAUGGCACCCUGUUUCAACCGCAGUUCACGGAAGUGUUUUCCAGCGGCAUGGCGACGAGUACGGUACCGAUAGGCAGUGGAUUCGUUGAGUACAACACAGCGCACAGUAACAACUGGCAGAGCAUGGAGGCACCGCUGGGUCAUACGAGUCACCGUCAAUCGCGGUCUCGGCAUCGUCAUCUGAUCGAUUCGCGUCUUAACAAUUCUUUUGCCGACGGUGAACCGAUGGUGAAUGCGGCGGACGCUUGCAUUAGUGACAUUCGCCGGGUGGAGGAAAAUCUGCGCAUGGAGGGUCGGAUGUUGAGUGAGAACAACAAUAUCCCGAUGGCGCGCUGCUCGACGCCGAGCCCGGCUUACUGCUUUCACUGUGAUCAUGAUCAUCGGGAACGUUGCUGUCUGUACGUGGGCGAUAAACCGGAGGAUGGACCGUACUAUUCGCGCUGGAAGCGUGAUCUGGAGAAUCCGACCGUAAGGCCCCAGUACAUCCCGAAGAUUCCGGAGGCGGUGUCGGGCAACAGUACACCGUUCUGGUUCCCGGCCUACACCUACACCAAGCCGGAAGCGAUCAAGCAGAAAAUGUUGGAGAAAAAUCCACCACUGCCGGCAGUUUUUAUGCGUCAGUACUACUAUCCCAUCGUGGGCUAUGGGCACGAGUAUCAGCUCAUGAAUCAGGCUACACAGGAACGGCCAACACCCUACCAGCAGUAUCUUCAACAGCACCAGCAAGACCUCUAUCGUCUGUACCAUCAUCAACAGCAGCAGCAGCAGCAACAGCAACAGGUGCAUUCUCAUGAUACAGCCGCCUGUCGACAUGGACGCAAGUGUGAAGGUUGUCCGACGACUUUGGGAAUUUCCGGAACUCCGUUCAUCCAGCAACAGUACCAUCCACAGCCCAACACACAGGUAGCCGGUGAUUACAUGCAGCAAAUGCAUCAUCCAUCUGCUUACUACUACCACGGAACCUACUACACCGGUCAUCAACCUCAUCAGCAUCUGCCGCAGCAACACUACGUCACACCGAUUGGUUACGCGCCAGUCCCAGUGUAUCACGACGGUUACCUCCAUCCCGGCUAUUCACUCGGCUAUCAACCGAUGGCAUCGAUACCACCGCGGGAACCAACACCACCCUCACCGACAUCCGCUUCAACGCCACUGUGGUUACUGUUCUGCCAGAAGCUUUCACGCAAGUUUCCCGAUCGCAGUAAAAAGUCAUCACCAACGAAGGGACGUUCGCCGAGCAAAAACUUCAUCCAUCACCACAUACGGCACAAUCCGACAACGGUUGCCUCACCGGCAGCCACCACCAUCUCUCCCAGCAUUGCACCCGAUUACUAUCCACCGAAGUACGCCAGCAUCGAUCAUCAUCCACACAUGCCGUACCAGGGCAUGGUGCAACCGGUGCCGAGCUAUAGUCGGCCAGUUGCAGUGGGACAGCCGGUGGUAUCGCAUCCACCGUACUACAGCCAGGUACCACCACCGGCAGCAACACCCAUGAACGAUGUCGGCAUGUACUACGCGACACCAGGGACGGUUAAUUUGUAG